GAGUGGAUGGGGUGUGACGUACGGGGCAAUCAGGGCUGCGGGGACGAGAGCUCAGUCCACAUUUCACGGCGGUCCGUCAACACCGGACACCACUAGAGAGGGUCUGAAUACGGGUUGUUAUUCCUCUGAACCUCCCCGUGAAUCAAAGAGGAAACCCCGGGGAGCAGCUCGGAGCGGACCGGGAGGACUUCAUGGAAACGCUAUGUAGCUGGAAAUACGGCGGCGGGACUUGAUCGUAGUUUCACUCGAGAGGAGGCGAAGAAAGUGAGCUGUGGAUAAACAUGCUCACCCCGGUGCUGGCCUCUCUGCUGCCUCUGCUACUCUUAUUUCGGAUAUCUUUCUGCCAGUAUUCAAGCGACCAGUGCAGCUGGAAGGGGAGGUGAGGUUUACCAUCAUGUUUACUAAAUUUUAGGUUAAAAAAGUUUGUUUAAAAUACCUGUUAAAAGGAAAGUAGGUGAGCUGACCGAAACUACAGGCGGUGGAGACGAGAAAUGAAAGCGGGCUUUAUACUAAAACAAAAUAUCAUACUUAUCAUGUAUUUUUAUUUUACUGUUUGCUAUGCAAAAUGAAAAGGAAGUACAAUACCAUUAUAAACUCUGAGUUUGGUCUUAAAACUGCACUUUUGAGUAUAAAAUUAUCACUUUUUGCAACCCAUCCACCAAUCAGAUGAUGUUUUAUUCUAAGGGUUAACAUCCUCAACUAUUAAAUAUGAAUAUAAUCUACACUUAAUGUAUAUUUUUUUCAGGAUUUUUUAAGUGUUUAUGCUGAAUCUGUUAAAAAAUUGAUCCUAAAUCCUCUUGAAAAUUUCACCUUCCAUCAAACAUCUGCUUGAAUGUGUUUUGCACUUGAGAAGCUGCGCCUCAAAUAGUGCGGGUUUUGUUUUUCAUCCUCCACUAAGUCAGCAGUGGAAGACCUUCUACUUGAGUACUCUGAGCUCUCCACCAAUAAUCUGUUGCUCAUUAGUCAGAUUGUUGACUAAUCUGCUGUAAUUGCAUGCAGAAGUGAUGGAGUUAAGGAGGACUUAAUUAGAGGCGUGCUGAGGGGAGCCUGGUUAUGAGGCUUCGGCUACAUAUGCUCAGCAUGUGCAUGGGUUACUUUAGAUCUUUUGGUGAAUUUAAAUUUCAGCAUCUCAUUUUCAGGAAACUGGGCGUUUCUCCUCCCCGGAGUCAAACCACUAGUUUGGCAUGGUGCGCACUGGUAGACUGCUGAUGGCUUCCUGCCUCUGGCUUUGCCACAGAAUGACUGACGGACUGUAGUUUUUUUCAAACCCUGACCAGGCAUUAAGUUCUGGAGGGAGUCAUUUGGUCACGCUGGCGCCACAGUCCGAAGUGCUGCCCGGACAAGUCUCUUCCAGUCUCUUUGGUGGCUUGAAAGCGAGGGGAGGUUCGGUGCGUGACCUGCAUUUGCACUUGCAUGCAGCAGGCCCGGCUACUGUUGCUGCCGUUGUCUGCCCAGAAGCCCCUGUGUCCCUCCAUUCAUCCAUUCCUGCUUCCAAAGUCUUCCCAAAGGCAGACUGCCAGUGGUGCAUUUUGCCAAAGCGCAGGGAGGAACAAUGUGGAAUGGGUGGGUGGAUGGAGGGGAGACGGGAGUGUGUGUUGGAGCUGAGGUCAUUUUGGCUGCUCCGGCUCGUGACUGGUCAUGCAGCCAGUCUUGCGCACAGACGGCUCUUAAUGCCUGAGGAGGAAUGUGGUCUAAUAUCCUCAGAGUUUGCCAGAGGUCUUCCCCUUUGGUCAGUUAACUGGGACUAUAAAUGAACACAAAACUGUGAAAAGUAGACUGAAUAAUCCCAAAAAGGUUCAGCAUGAGUUAACAAGGCGAGUUUCACAUUCUUGUGUUUCUGCACACAACAACUCUUGACAUCUUCCUUUCUUUCCACUCAGCGGUCUGACCCACGAAGGCCACGCAAGGGACGUGGAGCAGGUCUACCUUCGCUGCUCCCAGGGCUCACUGGAGUGGCUCUACCCCACGGGGGCCAUCAUCGUCAACCUCCGACCCAACACGGUCUCGCCGGCAGCUGCCCGCCUUUCUGUGUGCAUCAAACCCUCCUCAGACUCGAGAGGAACCAAUAUUUACCUGGACCGCAAUGGCAAGCUGCGACUACUGCUGCGUGAACAGGACCAAGUGCAGGGGAAGGUGCUGUGCUUCAGUAUCCAAGAGGGGGCGCUCUUUAUUGAGGCCGUUCCACACAUGGACAUCAGCAGGAGGAUCACGGCCUUCCAGUACGAGCUGGUCAGCGAAAGAGUGGGAUUGGAGGCUCAAUCAAUGAGCGGUAAGACACAGACGUAUUAUUGACGAACUGUAUCUAACAAUUCCUUCCUAUCUUUUCCUAACCUGCCUGACCUUCCGCUCAGGUCUGCAGACUUGCUUUUGGUUUCCUCCCUCAAGGACUGGCUGUCUUUGUGCUGUGUCCCUGUGGUGUGCGCUCUGCACUAAAUGCAGCCAUCUACUGGUGGAAACUUUAAUUAAGUUGGACUGCAAUGGAAGGAAACUCAACAUUUGCUCCAGAAAACUGCAGAAAUUAAGCCAAAGUGCAUUUCUCUGGUUGCAUUGUCUGUACAUUUUGGUUUUGGGGGGGAAAUUUCCUGUCAAACUCUUCUUGUUAAAAUAGACAAAAAUUAAGGAAAUCUAAAUCCUUUAAGUCUUUAUGGUCCCUGUGGAAUGUUUUUUAAGGAUAAAAUGUUCGUAUUUAAGCUCAACUUUCCACAUUUGAUCUUACUUUUCACUAAGCUGUAAUUGUUUAUUUAUUUCUUUUCGUUGGACGGCUUGUGUGUGAAGGGGCACGGCCAAACACGAGAGGGCCUCGGUUGAAAAACAAGCCGUCUGUUUUCACGCUGCGUACCUGCCAAACCUGCACAGUUUCAAGCUGCGUAACUGUACAAGCAACUGUGUUUUUUUUCCCACCUAAAGCAAAAUAUGAGCGGUAUCAGGUCCACAUCUGUUUUUACGGCUCUCUCGGUUCACAUUUCCACAUCCUGCGUCAUUAUCUGGCACAACAGAGAGAAAGAGAGAGAGAGAGUUAAAAGAAGAGUGAGCGUGGACUUGUUUUGACCACAUUAGCGUGCUCGGCUCUGCUCCCUAGUAUAAUCUGCGUCUGUGAUGUGGCCUGAGAUAGCACUGGGAUGAUUCACAAAGACACUGCUCUCGUGUCGUCUGAAGCUCCGCGCUCUUGGAUUGAUUGCUACUUUGCUUCUUCUAAUCUUCUCUCUUCCUCCUUUCAUCCUUUUUCUCCCCUCGCUCUUCCUCCUCUCUGACCCGCUGUGCUGGGAUUGAGUUGCUCACCGUCAAACUGGAAUGCGUCUCCAACCAGAUGUUGGGAGGACCUUCUCGCAGCAUAUAGGCUUAUUUUUCCCCCCACUCCCUCGCCGUGCCUUUCAGCUCACUUAAAUUAUACACCUCUUUCUUCCUCUCUGUCUCAGUGUUUCCUACCUCUUAAUUUCUCCCUCGCCUAUUUAUCUUUCUAGUAUUUUCCUUUUUCAUUCCUCUCCCCUUCAUAUAUCUUCCCCCCUCUCUUCCUGGCCCGUUUGAAGUGGGUUCGGUCUGUGCAGAGCUGCAUUAGCGAGUUGUGCUCCAUUACAGAGGAAUGCAUCAGAGCCCAGAUGUCGCAGGGACGCUGUACCGUGCCCCUCCUAGUUUACCCCGCAUCCCAUCCCUCAUCCUUCCCCCCGCCCCUGUGAAGUGGUUCUGAUCAGAGCGGGGCGCUGCAUGUGCGCAAGCCAUAGAGAGAUGCUGACUCGGCUCUUAGCCCAUUCCUGUGGUUCUUUUUCAUGUCUGACAUGUGAGCCCUGCUCCGCGCCGGAGCAAAGAAAAUCCAGCCCCGCUCUGUCUGAUGCUAUGGCAGCACAGAGGCUCACUUCAAAGGGACUUUUGCGCUCCGCUUCGGGCCGUGGGCGAGGUCGGCCGCUCUGAAGUCUCUCUACUCUCCAGCUGUUCUUAAGCCGUCCGAGCUCGUGGCUCUUUGACCUCUGAUCUCCACGGUGAUGCGGUAGCGCCUCGUGUUGCUACACAAGCUGACCUGAGACAUGCUCACUCCUCACCCUUUGACACCCGGCUUUAGGCAAACCAGCUAAAAACAAAAAAAACUCCUCCUCUGUUGAUGAUCUUGCACUGAAACAACAUACUUUUUAAUCUUGUGUUGCUUUCAGCUCACCAGUUCCCCCUGACUUAACAUUUUCUUCUAAUUUUAUUGGUUGCUGCUCCACUUACCACCCGCUGCUGACUCGACACCCCUCCCUCCGCCUUCUCCACCUGCCCCCUGUGUGCCACUCUGCCUCUUAAGAAAACCACAGCAGAUCUAAGGCUAAUAAAGGCGUUCUGGUCUGGCCAGCCGCAGGACCACCUGAGUCAACUAAUCAUCGACUUGACUGCUCUCAUUUAGGGCCCUUUCUCCUGCUGUAAAACAGUGUGGAGGCAGCAGGCCGAGCUGCAGUCAGAAGUGAACGAUAGCCUGGAGUGGGCAAUUAAACUACCAGCUAUUUCACUUUUUUUUACACUCAAUUAUUUGCCCUCAGGUUGUGAUCUUAUACUUCAAACAAAGAGAGAUUACUUAGAGGGUUGUUGUGUUGUUGUUUUGUUCCCUUCUAGAUGUCAUAGUUUCGGUCCCUUCAGGCCUGUUGAAAGUGCAACCAGAGCUCAGGUCAGAGAUUUGGCCUCUCCUCUUGUUUGUGCUCCUUUUUAUCCUUUUCAUCUGGUCCUCGUUUGUCAUGGGGUGUCAUGGGGUUCCUCUCGUGGCAGGGAAUCCGACCAAACAACCCUCCGUGACAUUUCGCACUCAACAGAAUUUUAAAAAUAAGAGGUGACUGGAUUCGCCAGCAGCAACAGCGCACGCCCGGCAGCUCUGUUUGGUGUUAAAAGCCCGAGUUCAUGACAGCUGAAUCGUGCAGCCGGCUUUGUAAAUAAAUAAUCAUCUGUGGGGAGGGAAAUUACUGUGACCCCAAAUGGGAUUGUGUGCGUCUGUGUGUGGCUGGUUCUACCACAGUAUUCUAUUUGUGUUGGAGGCACUUAACCAAAAGUUGUGGAGUCGUCGACACGAUAUUUAGGCAUUUUGGUGCAAGAGAAAUUUUGGAUUAAUUGCAGUACUUCACCAAAUUCUGGCUCCAAACUUACCCACUCUCUUUUUUUCUCUCCACACAGCACCCUGUCAGCCCUGCAGUGACGCUGAAAUGCUUCUAGCGGUCUGCACCAAUGACUUUGGUAAGUUUGAUGUGUAGAAACAUGGUUGAAAGUACAAAUCUGUGCAGCCUGAAGACUUAUCUGACUCCUGUCUCUGCUUGGUGUUUUCAGUCGCACGGGGCAGCAUCAUGAAGGUGGAGCAGGAGGAGGAGCACUCGUCAGUCACUGUGGAUAUCAGCCGCCUCUACAGACAGAAGACCCGGGUCUUUGUAUCUGGGGGUGUGAGGGUACGGAGGUGGACUGGACGCAUCAAGAUGCCACCCCAGUGUGGGGUGAAGUCCGGGGACGGGGAAUUCCUCUUUACGGGGACGGUUAGGUUCGGGGAGGCCUGGAUGGGCUGCGCUCCUCGCUACAAAGACUUUGUGCGGCUGUAUCACGAGGCGCAGCAGCGGGGGACGAAUCCCUGCCAGGUGGACACUGACUGAAUGUGUUACUGUGGAAACUGGAUGAGUCCUCUAGAAGGGUUCAACUAAGUUCUGAUGCUAAAGAGGAGGAGACUGAGAGACUGGCCUGGUGGCAGACACAGUCUCUCUCUUGCUGUGGAGACAAAAAAAAAAAAUGGAGCGCCUGGAUGUUGCCAAGCAGCACGCUGGAUCGACUCUGCUUUUUUUUAAAGUCAAAGAUGAUGCAACGAGGAAUGUGCUCGGACUGCCGGUCCUGCAGACGUGGAACUCCAAGGUUUUAAAUGUAGCAACAAAAAAAGAAAACCCUCUCUGAUUUUUAAUGUGUAUAAAAUUUGAAUGAACGUUGUAUAUUUUGAAACUCUUUGCGCUUUGUAAAAACAAAAAACAGCUCGAUGUACAGUUCUGAAGAUAUUUCUUAUGACGGAAAUGUAUAAUGUGAAAGCCUUUUAUUUUUAUUUUGUUUAAAAAAAAAAAAAGAACCACAAUUGAAUGCCUGGAGUCGUGAGUGUUUUUUAGGCUUUACAGUUGUUUUUUUUUAAAAAUCAAACCAAAAAAAUGAUUUUUUUUUUUUUGCCCUUGAGAAUAAAAGCGUUUAUUCUGUGACAAAGUGUCCAUGUCUGUUGUUUAAAAAAAAUAAAUGUUAAAUCCAAAAGCCAA